AGGUAGUAUGAUCUAGUCAUUGUGAAGGAGAAAAAGUGUGGCUCAUUAUGUGAGGCUACUUUUUUCAAGAGAUGCAAGAAUCCCGAAAGCAUCAGAGAAGAGAGAGAGAAAGGUUGGAAGAUGCUGCAAGAAAUUCCCACGGUCGGCUGCCCCACCGUGACAAUUCUGGGAGUCGGAGUCGCAGUGCCACCCCGCCUCCAGGCCCCCGAUCUCGCAAGCCAGAUUCCAGAAUUCCAUUGCCCGAUGUCAAAGAAAAGUUAGCACAGAUCCAUAAGGCCAUCGAUGCAGUACCAACAGAUUUGUCUACUCUGAGGCACUUGGCUAUUAGUGAUGGAGGACUCCUCAAUGGCCUGUCUGAAGAGCAGCAGGAGACACUGAAGGAGGCCCUACUUGGCAUCAUAUGCCGCAUCCUCAUCCGUCAUCCUCACCUCCAUUAUUACCAGGGCUAUCACGAUAUUGCCCUGACGGUAUUGCUCGUGGUGCGAAGCAAGAAACUGGCUACUGCUAUCCUUGAGAGCAUCUCCAAGAACCACCUAAAGGAGUACAUGGAGCCAACCAUGGAGACGACAAUGAACCUCCUCAAUGUCAUCUUCCCCAUCUUGCGAGAUGAGAACUACCCCCUCUUUCAGCAUAUCUUCCAGUCCCGUGUGGGUGCCAUGUUCAGUGUGCCCUGGGUCAUCACAUGGUUCAGCCAUCACCUGGACGAGUAUGAGAAGAUCGCGAGGCUCUUCGACUGCUUCAUCGCAUGCCCACGGCACUUCCCUAUCUAUCUAGUUGUGGCCGUCGUAUUACACCGGCACCAGGAGAUCCUGGAUACUGAGAAGGAUAUUGCCAUGUUUCCAAAGUCCCUCACAUAUGAUGCACUGAUUGGAAAGGCCCAAGAGCUUCAGGCAUCUUACCCACUCACCUCAAACCUUAUCUGUACUGGGAUGAAAUUGGCCAAGGAAAGUCAAGGGCCAUCUGUAAUACGUCGGAAAGGUGGAGGAGGAGUCAGGGGCUUUUUUGGUCGACACGUGUGGCUCACAGUGGGCAUCCUCACCAUCAUCUCAGCUGUUGCCUUCAGAUACUUCUUCAACCAGAACUCUAUUGAAAGAUGAAGACUCUUAUAAUCCUCACUGCAUUUUUGAAAAUCAAUCCACUGUGUGGUGAAUACAUGCAAACCGUGCCAUUAUAUGUUAAAGGAUGUGUUUUGUGAUCUCAAAAGAUGGGAGGGAAAAUAAGCACCAUAUAUUUUAUGUGAGCUUGCAUCAGAAUAAAGAUUGUUGCAUUCCA